GUCGGAGGUGUGUCCAUCGGCAUUCGAUCAGGACCUUGGAGAGCAAUAUGCAGACGUCAAUGCUCUUCAAGGAUAUCAGAACUGGCAGCCCAACGACCCCUUCUCUAACACUUACAAUCCCGGGUGGAGAAAUCACCCACACUUCUCGUGGUCCAACAACAGCAACACCCUCCAGCCACCUCGCCCAAACUUCAACCAACAGCAACCCCGUCCAAACUUCACGCAACAACAACCUCGUCCCAAUUUCAUUCCUCGUCCGAACUACCAACAACAACAGCAACCACAACAGCCAGCCCAAGGGUCCGGUUUAAGCUCGUCAAACCAAGAUGACAAGCUGGACAAGAUCCUUCAGUUUAUCACCAACCAAGACUCGUCCAUUAAGCGUCUUGAGACGCAAGUGGGCCAACUUGCCACGAGAGUCGGGAAUAUGAAGGCCGAGUCCGACAAAGGAAAACUUUCAAGCCAGCCUGAGCAAGCCAAAGCAAUAACAGUGUUGAGAAGCGGGAAAAAAGUUGACAACAAGGUGAAAAUGCCCGAGCACGAUGACCCAAAGCCAACCGACCAGCCUAAAAAAGCAGGGGAGAGUGCGAAGAACACGAAAGCCGAUUUAGAGAAGCCGAUGGACGGCCCAAU